AUGGAUCCCCAGUGCUCGGUGUUGAUAGUUCAGAAUCAGAGGACAAUUCUGAAAGUACAGAGUCAAUGUGAGUCACCAUUUGAUGUUCUCGAUGGGGCAAAUGUCGAUUUUCUCUCGGAGGAGUGCAAUGUUUACCGUGUCAGGAUUUCCAGACCGAGCUCGAGCUCAACCACUGACACAUACGUUAGAGUUUCAACCCGCUCUUGCUCGCCACGGAGUCUACAGCAUGUCGAAGAGAAUGGCCGUCGGUACUGCGAUCAGAACUACUUCAUGCCCAACGACGAUGCAGAGCUCACCCGGCUCAACAUCGUCCAUCAAAUCUACCUGAUUCUCCUGGAAGGCCGACUCACCACAGCCCCAAUCCCCACGUCCUCGCCUCGCAUAUUAGACAUUGGCACGGGUCCAGGUGAUUGGGCCAUCGAAAUGAGUACCAAGUAUCCAGAAGCUACCAUCAUCGCCUCCGACAUAGGCGUCUUCGAUGCCGGGCUCGGUCACAUGUCCCUCCCCAACAUCGAUUUCCAAAUUUCAGAUGCCGAGACCCCAUGGACCUACCACGAACCCUUCGAUCUAAUCCACCUCCGCGGCCUCUCCGGUGCAUUCGCCAAUUGGCCUCGAAUUUACCAACAAGCCUACACCCACCUCAAACCAGGUGGAUAUAUCGAGGUCGCCGACGCCGACCCGGCGGGUGAUACUGUGCUAGCAUCUCCAGAGACAGCGCCGCAUCUAUGCGCCUACGCCGCAGCACUCCGCCAAGCGGGCGACAACUGCGGCCAUCCACGGGACCUGGGCCACCUUCGCACCGAGGUCCUUGCUGAAGCUGGGUUUGAAGCCAUCCGAGCAGUGGAACGCACAUUCCCCGUUGGCCUGUGGCCGGAAGACGAUGACGAAAAGACUAUCGGGAAGAUGGCUCUCAUUGCGGCCCUGGAAGGCCUGGAAGCAUUUGCUUUGCGUCCCUUGACGCAGUCGGCUGGAUAUUCGCUCGACGAGGCCCGGAAACUAUGUGGCGAUGUUCAAACGGAGCUGCUGGCGCCGGAUCAAAGACUGACGGGGCGGAUUCGUAUCAUGACGGGGCGGAAGCCAACUUCAUAUGCCCAGCGCCGAAGCCAAGUGAUGGCGAGGGCGAUGCAGAAAGUGAAGGAUUUACAGGGGAGUCUGCCUGUUGAAACAGAUCACUAG